AUGGCGCUACUGGUUUGGCUGCCUGUGCUAGAAGGCCUAGCGCUGCUGGCGGCUGGAGGCUGGCUGCUGGCGGCUAAGGCUAGGGCGGCGCGACUAACGGCUAAAGCGGCGGUGGGCAUUGCUGCAGCAGUGCGCACGGCGGUGGUGCUCGCUGCGGCGGGGCGCGCUGCCUUGCUUGAUGCUGCGGCGGUGCGAUCGGCGGAGGCGCGCGCUGCGGCGUGCGCUGCUGCAGCUCUGCGCGCGCUUGCGUGCGUGCGCUGCCUGCGCUGGCGGCUGCGUGAGCACGCGCGGGCUGCUGGCGUGCGCGCUAAGCACGGCGUGCGGGAUAGCGACGGGCGCUAG